ACAGAAUACGGUAGAAUUUGACGGGCGGGCGCGCGUUUUGUAAACAUUGUGAAGUUGAACUUUUAUUUCUAAUAACUAUGAAGAAAGAGUAUGUCGGGAAGUGUAUUUUGCCAACGGGAAACUUUAUUUACUCGAUGGAGUAGUUGAUAUGGUGACAUGUUAUGAUUUCAAAAUGGUUAUAAAGUCUGUACUGGAACUACCUAGCAAACAUGCUAAUACAGACGAAGAACAGUGGAAAAGAAGCCGCUUUAUGUGAAUAGCAGCCAGGUAUGCGAGUCGUGAACCUCCUCACAAAACAUCUGCUUCGACUGGGACAACAAAGACGACGUAUCCAGUUGAGGUGUUCCUCUACAGUGCACGAUUCAUUGGCAACAUUAGACAUGAUGCGGAGGGGUCACAUCAAGAGGGUCCUCUGCGUAGCCGAGAAGAAUGAUGCCGCCAAAGGCAUCUCGGAAAUUAUGUCCAAUGGCAGGUCCAUGCGGAGGGAAGGACUGUCCAAAUUUAACAAGAUCUAUGAGUAUGAAUAUCAUCUCUUUGGUCAGAAUGUGACGGUAGCAAUGACAUCAGUCUCGGGACAUUUAUUGGGUCUUGAGUUUAAAGCCCCUUAUGAUAAAUGGCGCAGUUGCAAUCCAGUGCUGUUAUUUGACGCCGAAGUCGAGAAGUAUUGCCCGGAUGGCAUGGUACAAAUUAAGCGUACACUGGAAAAGGAGGUGAGACAAUGCCAGGCCUUAAUUAUCUGGACUGACUGUGACAGAGAAGGAGAGAACAUUGGCUUUGAAGUAAUCAACGUCUGUAAGGCAGUGAAACCUAAUUUGCAAGUGUUUCGGGCAAAGUUUUCUGAAAUCACCCCCAACUCCAUUCGGAGGGCUUGCGAGACACUAGCCGAGCCGGACGUGAACGUCAGUGAUGCCGUUGAUGUCCGCCAAGAGCUCGACUUGCGGAUAGGUGCAUCCUUCACAAGAUUCCAGACCCUUCGCCUCCAGAAGAUCUUCCCAGAGUCUCUGGCCAAUCAGCUCAUCUCUUAUGGUAGCUGCCAGUUUCCCACUCUGGGUUUCGUGGUGGAGCGUUUCAAAGCCAUCCAGGCUUUCAUUCCUGAGACUUUCUACAAGAUUAAAGUGCUACACGAAGUUGAGGAGGACACUGUGGAAUUUGGAUGGAAACGAUAUCGGCUAUUCAACCACACAGCUUGCCUAGUGCUCUACCAGAUUUGCAUGGAGGAUCCCAUAGCAACAGUCACCUCAGUAACCAGUAAGCCCAAGAGCAAAUGGAGACCAAUGCCUUUGGACACUGUGGAAUUGGAAAAACUGGCAUCUCGGAAGCUGAGAAUCAGCGCGAAAGAGACAAUGAAAAUUGCAGAGAAACUUUACACACAAGGGUUUAUCAGCUACCCUCGCACGGAAACCAACAUUUUUCCAGCAUCCCUCGCUCUCAGCCCCUUGGUGGAAGAGCAGAUGCAAAGCCCUGAAUGGGGGGCAUUUGCUCAGCGGGUGCUUGAACAAGCAGGGGGUCCCAACCCACGGCAGGGCAAAAAGUCGGACCAAGCCCAUCCCCCUAUACACCCAACGAAAUACACGGGCGCGCUACAGGGAAGUGAAGGACGUGUGUAUGAGUUCAUUGUCCGACACUUCCUGGCUUGCGUAUCCCAGGAUGCUUUGGGACAGGAGACCAUUGUGGACAUAGACAUUGCUCAGGAGAGGUUUUCCACGUCGGGCCUCAUGAUCGUCGCGAGGAAUUACCUAGAUGUUUAUCCUUAUGACAAGUGGAGCACGAAGGUGAUUCCAGUAUAUGAACAAGGCUCCCAGUUCCAGCCGUCUGCUAUAGAGAUGGUGGACGGUGAGACGAGUCCUCCGCAGCUGCUCACUGAAGCUGACCUCAUAUCGUUGAUGGAGAAGCACGGCAUUGGCACCGACGCGACACACGCAGAUCACAUUGAAACCAUAAAAAGUCGCAAGUAUGUGGGCUUGACAGCUGAUCAGAGGUUUCUCCCUGGGGAGCUUGGCAUGGGACUUGUGGAAGGGUACAACGCCAUGGGCUAUGAAAUGUCCAAACCACACCUACGGGCAGAAUUGGAGGCAGACCUCAAGCUGGUAUCAGAAGGAAGGAAGGACAAAAGGAGCGUGUUGCAGCACCACAUCCAGAAAUACAAGGCUGUUUUCAUCGAGUCGGUCAGGAAGGCAAAAAAGUUAGAUGAAGCUCUGUCGCCGUAUUUGGGUGCUGCUCAGGAGAUCCCUGAAACUGAGCAGCAAGAUAUGGAGAUCCCGCUGCCCAUCAGGAAGUGUCCCCACUGUGGACGGGACAUGGUGCUCAAGAAGAGGAAGGAGGGAAACGGUAAGUUCCUGGCCUGCGUGGGCUUCCCAGCCUGCAAAACAGCCGUAUGGUUUCCUGACACGGUGCUGGAGGUGGGUCGAGACGACAGCGUUUGCUCCAUCUGCCGGCCGCGGCCUGUUCAUAUGUUAAAGUUCAAAUUCCGAAGGGGCAGUCUUCCCCCCAUGAUGCCUUUAGAGUUUGUCGGCUGCAUCGGUGGAUGUGACGAGACUCUCCGAGAGGUGCUGGACCUUAAAUAUCUUCGAGGAGGAGACGGGGGAGGAAGAGAGGGUCCCCCAAGGCCAGCGCCAGCCCGCGGAUCAAAUGCAAGGCCUUGUGCGCCACCCUCUGCCCCCUCUUGGACCGCACCGCCUCGUCCACCACCAGGGGGCGAUAACAUUGGCCCACCUAGCAAUGAUGUCAUUGUGUGUAACUGCGGUCAGGAUGCCAUCUUGCUGACCGUGCGCAAAGACGGUCCCAACCAAGGACGGCAGUUCUACAAGUGCAAUUCGGGAUCUUGUCAUUUCUUUCUGUGGGCGGAUCCGCCCAGCCAUCAGGGGGCGCAGCAGAAUCAUUGGCCUCCGCCGCCACCGCCGCCAAGGGCACCGACGCCGCCGCUGGGGUUUCGGAACACAGCUGGAGGAGGUGGCAGCAGGCCUAAAGGGGGCGCUGGAGAUACCAAGUGCAACUGUAACUUGGCCACGGUGAUGCGCACUGUGCAGAAGGACGGGCCCAACAAGGGACGGGUGUUUCACACCUGCGGGAAACCCAGAGACCAACAGUGUAACUUCUUCCAGUGGGCUGAUGAAAACAUGGAAGCACAAGGUGGCUUCCAGGACGGCGGCUUGAAUAGCAACAGAGACGGAGGGAAGAAGGGAAGGAAACAAAAAGAGGAUAAACCCCCCGCUGCCAAGAAAGCUCGUUCCUGCGGCAUAUGCCACAUGCCGGGACACACCCGCGUCACUUGUCCUCAACGGUGACAGCGGCACAUUGAUUGAGCCACCUCCUCUUGUGACAGCUAGUCCAAGUGGGCGGGGUCAAAUGAAGUCAAGGGACUUGGACCAGAUGAACACAUAGGUGUCAAAUUGUUUGCAUUUAGUAGAAUUCCCGUAUGAAUACCGGGUCUAAAAAGGAGGCCUUUUUAUUCGACUUUUCUUUUGACACUGUGGAUUCAAAUUCUGUCCCUUUUUAUAGUAAAUGAUUGAUAAUAAAUUGGAUGUUUUCUA